UUUUUUUUUAAAGGAAUGUGCUCAUAUACAGUUGUACGUGUGUGUGUGUGUGUGUGUGUGUGUGUGUGUGAUGUGCAUGUGAAAUUUUUGGAAUCAUUUGCAUUGUAUGUUUGUGAGUUUCGAAACACUCUGCUGGACAUAUGCUUUGAUAUAUCCAUAAUUAGAGAUAAAAUGCUGCAGUUAUUUCUAUCUAAACCAUCUUGGAGGGAAAAUGCAACUGAUGAAACAGUCGAGCAGAGAAAAGCUCUUCUGAAUGAGCUAGAAUCAGUCAUCUGGUCAUUGGUGUUGGUGGAAGGGCGAUCUGAAUCUCGCCUUUGGCUUUGCAAUGCAGUCGCAGGGAUCAAGUCUAUAACACCACGUAAUCAACGUGAGUUAUUCAUGACUUUAUUGACGUGUAAGCCUCUAAAGCGGCCCUUAGUUGGACAACUUCUACAAUUGCUUUUCCAGGAGGAACCUCAGAAAGCAGGGCAUAUCAUUGCAAAGAAAUGUUUUUUAUUAGAGAAUUUCUUCAAAGGAAACCAAAACCGUAUUUUGCAGUGGUUCUCUAAUUUUGCCGGUACGGGUUAUGCGGACCAUACAAAGGGGGCUAAGGCACUAUCGCAGUUUGCCUUUGUGAAUAGAGACAUCUGUUGGGAGGAGCUCGAGUGGAGGGGAAAACAUGGACAAUCACCUGCAAUGGUUGCCACAAAGCCUCACUAUUUUCUUGAUCUGGACGUUGAGCGAACAGUGGAGAAUUUUCUUGAGUAUGUUCCUGGAUUUUGGUCAUCUAAGGAAUUUGCCGAGUCAUUAAAAGAUGGCGACAUUCUGACCAUUGAUAAUGAUUUUUUUAUCAAUAUGUUUAUUGACUUGAUGUACAAGGAUGAUUUGAAAGAAGUGUGGGAAAUUAUAGAUGAGUUUCUGAUUGAGCAAUCUUUCUCUUUCUUAUGUCAACACCUUCUCGUCAUUCUUGGGGAACAAGAUCUAAUGGUUUUCUUGGAUUUACUCCAAAGUUAUGCUAAACCAAGGUUGCAAAAGAUGGAUUGUCAUGAUUCUCUUGAUCAGUUGCUGGAGAUCAUCCUUUCCAAGUGGGAUGGCAAUAAUUCUCUUGAUCAGUUGCUUCUCUUGAAUGCAGUGACUACUCAACGUCGGCAACUUAUGCGAUUUAUACGUGAAGAAGGUAGUCAGGAGCAAAAGGAAAAGGUUAAGCAUGUCGUUUUCCAAAUUUGUUCGCCAACAAUCCCUAAAGAUAGCUUUGCAACAAUUCUGCGAGAAUGCUUCAGAAGAAAAUCUGUAGAGACUAUAAAAUGGUUGGGACUGCAGUCUUGGGCUUUCUACUAUUAUUUAUCCGAGAAGUUCCAGCAUUCGAAUUCCUGGGAGAGUUUAUUUGUCGGCAAUGACAUAAGCUUUCGCAAAUCCAAGACUUAUCCAAUAUUAGAUCACGACCAGCUUCUGGAAGAAAGCGAGUCUGAGCAGGACAACAGGUCUUCAGCCAGAAAUAAGCGUAAGAAAAGGCAAAAACACAGAAAGAAAAAGAGAAGGGAUCUUGACUUCGAAGAAUUAGACGGAAUUGAAUUUGCCGGUGUUAUUGGGAGUAGACUGGAGUUGCAUCCGACAUCUGGUGACUGGUUGUUAUCUACUGAUGGGUAUUCUACUACUUGGAGCAGUGUAGACCUACCUGAGCAUAUAUCAAAGCAUUGCUUCUUCACGUGGAUGAAGUGGGUUUUUGCUGAAUGAAGAGAUGAUUUUUCACUCUUGGCAGGGGUUUGUUAUGAACAACAAAAAGAUUUAUGGUCAUCUUAUGCUUUCCGCAUUCACCUUCUAAUGGAAGAAUUUGAAGGUGAGGCAAAAGUUGCAGUUGUUGAUUUAUCACUCUGUAUAAGAAGAAUCUGUUAAAUGGCACUUCUUCAUUGCCUCUUCUCCUGAUUGCAACUCUCUAUUUCCUUAUUGGAUCCUGCCUUGCAAAUCAAGUAUCUGCCCGAGCAACUAUUCUUUACUGAUUGUGAAGGUAAUACUGAGCAUAUGGAUAUUGCACGUUUAAGUGCUUAUGUUCUUAAGGCGGACCUUUCUCAGCCUAAUGUUUCCAAUGUGCAGAUUUCCUUUAUUACCAGUUGCCAGUGCCCAGGAAAUCUUGAAGUUUCUUUUCCAUCUAGUUUAGGUAACAAUUGCAACCGCAGGGUCUUAUAAACUUGAAAACAAAAAAGUAAGUUGGCCAGCUUCGACUCCCUUAGGUUGUAUUCAGGGUUGGGCCAAGGCUGUAGCUCAAUUCACCUCUAGAUUUCUAUUGAUCUUGAUUAAUUUGUUCUAGUUUAGUUCUUUUGUGUUCAGAGUUAUCUUCCUUCACUGGACCAGACUAAGUUUCCUUAGUGUUGGUAGAAGUCCUGGAGACAGCUCUGCAUUUGUUCAGUGGUUCUUCUCAAUUCAUUUUUGUACUUCGAAAUCCUGCACAUAUUGUGAAUGAUACGAUUCCUUGUGAAAAAAUUGGUUGAUGAA